AUGUGGCGGGGCAUGUCUCGAUGGGCGAAGGCCGGCGCCGUCGUCGGCGGUUCCGUCGUCGCCGUCUUCGCUCUCGACGUCACCAAUGAAAAGCGGUUCAAUCGCCAGUUGGUCCGUUGGCCCUUUUUCUCACUAUCACGAAGGCUCGUUUAAGCGCAACUAUUUCCGCGUUGCCCAUGCUGAUCGACUGGCAGAACUCAAUAAAAGAACGCCCUCGGCCUUGCCAACGCGUAAGGAUCUUCUCGACUCUCUCAAGGUUUUUUUUUCUCAUGUUUUUGCGGAAAUCAGCUCACAGGCAAAGUCUGAACGGCCUCAAAAAGCCCUUAAGAAGAAGAGAAUAAAGCUCCUUUUUGAGUUUUUGAAAAGGUGCCAAAGGUUUUUCGAAAUCUCUUUUUUUCUGCCUCCUUUGUUCCCACCUCCUCAAAAGGUCCUUCUCAGGAAAAAGGUCUAUAGAAAAAAAAGCGCCUUUGAGGCCUUUUGGACUUUGGUUAGAAAAAGAAGAUGAUUUUAAUUUCUUAUUUUAGUAUUUCAAGUUGAAAAAAUAUUAAGCUCUCAGUUUCAACGUACUAAUCUGUCCUACAUGGGUAAAGUCCAAGAGGUCUCAAAAAGAUCUUCGGAAAAUAAGGCAACUUUUUCUUGACCGUUUUUUGAAACGGGCCUUUUAAGAAGGAAAAGUAAUGUUGAAAAAAGGAGACUUGGGAAACUUUUGUAACCUUUUUAGGAACACAAGAAGGAGCUUUAGACACCCUUUUUUUAAGGUCUUUGCGAGGUCGUUUGGACUUUGCCUAUGUAGGAGCAGAAUGUCCGUCUUGAAGCGGUUUUUUUAAAUUCUGCCGCUUAUUAGUUUUAUUUUGAACCUGCUCUUUUUCUGCUUUCUCCUACUUAGUAUGAAGCCUCAAAAACUGCUGGCCUUUUUCAGUCAGGAGAUGAGUUUGACAUUCUCAUCAUUGGCGGGGGUGCGACCGGCGCCGGCGUGGCUCUCGAUUCUCAGACCAGAGGUUCUUUUUCUCGAUUUAUUUUUCUGUUCCGAGUUUCACGACUUUUUUGAUUUCAGGCUUGAAGACGGCCCUAGUGGAGCUGGAUGACUUCUCAUCGGGAACGUCUUCCAGGUCAACAAAAUUGAUUCACGGAGGAGUCAGGUAUCUCCAAGCUGCCAUCAUGAAGGCCGACAUUGAACAGUACCGCAUGGUCAAGGUUAGGCUUUCCCUCUUUAUCGAACUUUAGUUUCGAAUUUUUUUUCUGAAAUUUUGAAGGGUACAUUGAUGAAUUUGUUGGUUCACAGUUACUUUUUUCUAGUUUUUGUUACGGAAAAGUUGUUUUUCCUGAUUGCUAUUUCACGGGCAAAGUCCAAAAGGUCUCAAAAAGGCCUCAAAAGCACCCUUAUUUCAAUACCUUUUUAAAAAGGACCUUUUGAGGAGGUAGAAAAAAACGAGGCGGGAAAAAGAUAGAAAAGCGAGAUUCCAAGAAACUAGUGACACCUAUUUAGGAGCUCGAAAAGCAGCUUUAAACUUUUCUUUUCAGGGCCUUUUCUGGGAAAUUUUUUAGUGGCCACUUAAAGGGUAAAAAAUGAGUGGCCACUAUAGAGGUCUAAGUGCUACUACUAGACCACUGAAAAUUUUAGUGGUUACUUUAGGUGUCAAUGGAUCAACAUAACUGGUCCAAUCUGUUUUUUUUUUUCUAAGUUAUCAGAGUUACUGGAAGGAAUACUGGAUGAAAAACUACAAGUGGCCACUAUAGAGGUGGGUUUAGUGGCCACUUUAGUGUCCUCUCCAAGUAGUCCUUGGCGAGCCUCUAUAGUGGCCACGAAAAGUUUUGCCAGUUUCUAGGUCGUUCGGACUUUGCCUGUGAAGGUUGAAGGUUAAAUGGAAAAUUUUUUCGGUUUCCAGUAACUUUUCUCUAGUUUUUCUUACAAAAAAAUUAUUUUUUUCCAAGUAAGAAUCAAUUGCAGGAAGCACUUUUCGAACGAGCAAAUCUUUUGGAAAUCGCGCCACAUCUCAGUUCUCCACUUCCCAUUAUGCUUCCCAUUUAUAAGUACAGUUCCAGUCAGUUUUGCAGAAAUACCUGUCUUUUUUCUCAGAUUAUGGCAAAUACCUUAUUACUGGAGUGGAAUCAAAGCCUACGACUUUGUGUCGGGCAAACGCGUUCUGAAGAACUCGUUCUACAUUAGCAAGGAACAGGCUCUCGAAAGGUAAUAUUCUCUUCUUUCAUGAAUAAAAUAGAUUCCUCGAGGUUCCCCAUGUUGAAAAACGAAUCUUUGAAAGGCGCUUUGAUCUACUACGAUGGCCAACACAACGACGCCAGAAUGAACCUGGCCAUCAUCCUCACGGCCAUCCGACAUGGCGCCAAAGUGAAAACUCUUGUCAGGCUCUGAAUUUUGCUCCUUUUCAGUGCGCCAACCACGUUCGCGUCGAACGACUCAACAAGAGUGAAGACGGAAAAGUCGUCGGAGCACAUCUGAAAGAUAUGGUCAGCUCAUUGGUCCUUUGUGUGCUUGGGAUAGUUAUAGUUGACGGCUCGCUUGAGCCAUCAAAAAAAGGGUCCUGGCACGACAGUGCACGAGAUAGUACCUGGAUCGUGGAGAGCGCAGACAGGCCACCCCUUUUUGCGUCUCAAGCUAGCCGUUGAACUUCACUAGUUCAUUAGAUAGUUUUCAUGUUGAAUUGUGAGACUUAAAUACUUUAGAGUGGUCCCUAUAGGGGCAAACUUAUGGACCCUUGGAGGGUCUCCUCUAGGGACCACUAAAGCUUGCAGAAGUGGUCCCUCUAGGGUCAUUCUAAUCGAUAACUUUCACGUACUCUUUGCGAAGAAGCAUUUCCAUGCGAAAAGUUGAAUAAAUAAGCGUGUUUACCCCUAUAGGAACCACUUUUUCAGCCCCUAUAGGGAAUUUUUCCCUUAACCCCUAUAGGGACCACUCUAAAAUUCCUAAGAAGGUUCUGAAUUUGUUAACGUAAUGAACUUCCUUAUUUGAUAUUUUAAGAUAUUUCAGUUGAAACGGAAAUGCCGAGAGCAAAGUAUUAUUACGUAGAAACGAUAUAAUUAAAAUUUUAGAAUUGUUCAAAGUUUUUUUCAGAUAACGGGAGCCGAGUGGGACAUCAAAUCGAAGGUGGUGGUCAACGCGACCGGACCGUUCACCGACACGAUCCGGCUGAUGGGAGACCCCGACACCAAUCCGAUCUGCGCGCCGAGCUCCGGAGUCCACAUCACUCUUCCUGGAUACUACAGGUCCUCCAGCUCCUCAUGACUAGAACAUCAUCCUUUUCUGGAAGUUUUCAUAGCGUUCCUUAUUUUUUUUUUCAUAUCAAAAAGCUCUCUGACAAGGUGAUUCCUUGGACGCCAUCCUCAAAACCUUCUUCAACUUUGACUUCAGUCCUUCCAACACUGGACUACUCGAUCCGGACACUUCGGAUGGCCGCGUCAUUUUCUUCCUCCCCUGGGAACGAAUGACCAUUGCUGGAACCACCGACGCGCCUUCCGAACUCACUCUUUCGCCUCAACCAAAGGACCAAGACAUCGAGUUCAUCCUUCAAGUCGGAGACUUCUCUCAGCCUCUUCCCAUCCGCCGGCUUUCAGGAGAUCCGUGGAUACUUGUCCAAGGAUGUUUCUGUUCGUCGAGGCGACGUCAUGAGCGCCUGGUCUGGCCUCAGACCUCUGGUCCGAGAUCCGAACAAGAAGGACACCAAGAGCUUGGCCAGAAACCACAUUAUCGAGGUAUUUAUCCGUGUUUCACUUUUCUAAAAUAUUGCUCCAAGGACUUCAUGGGGGGUCUAGUGUGAAAUCAGCGAACUUCAUGAAGGGGGGGUGGAAAAAUGAAAUCAGCGGACGGAGUAUCUUAAUCUAAACCCUCCCCCCCUUAUUGCCAAGUGGAGACGAUCCUAGAAUGCCUAGACAACCUUCAAGAAUAGCCCCCUCCAACUUUAACUUUGGAAUAAGCAUAGCAAGCCUUGUCCGGUUAAGCCCCCCACAUUCCAGAAUCGCCCCCCUUCCCCCUCCCAUCAUUCUAGAAGUUUCGCCUAUUCUAGAAGUUUUUUCUAUCCCAUUAGAAUUGAAGAGAUGAGUUGCACUGGUAUAAUACUUGCUUAUGAAGGUUGGAAAGUCGGGUUUGGUGACGAUCGCCGGAGGAAAAUGGACGACCUACCGACACAUGGCCGAGGAGACGGUGGACACGUGCGUCAGAGAACACAAGCUGGAGCCGGUGAGCGGCUGCGUCACGCCGGGACUUCUGCUGGAAGGCGCCCACGACUGGGAUCCUCUCCUCUACAUCCACCUCGUCCAGGACUACGGGAUGGAAGUCGACGUGAGUUUCAUUUGAGAAAAAAUUUUUUUUCGGCGAGACAGAAUUUUGCCUAAAGGCAGUAGAAAACGUAGAAAACGGGCAGUAAAAAACGGGGUUUCGAGUGUAAUUAGCACCUUGUAGAGUUUUUAUUGACAAACGAACGGUGUACUCAAAAAAUAACAGAUAUGACUACUUGACUACUAGAAAAAUGCGAUUUUAUUUUCCUGCCUUUAAUUUUGAAAUAUGUUUUGGUGUACCGUAGCCUUUCACACGAUUUUGCGGAUUUUGUGAGAUAUAACCGAAUUUUUCCUUCAGAUCGAAAGUUUCUUUUCUGAAAAAUCAUUUACGCACACCAUUAGUAAAGUUUACGCAAAAUAUCGAUAUCCCAACCGAAAAUUGUAUAAAAUCAUCACUUUUUUACAAGAGUGGCAUUUUGCGAUCAAAUUCUGCAAAUUAUACAUGGAAAGAGAGUUUUUGUGACGAAAAAACUAUGAAGACAGUAUAGUCUGUUCAGACUAACUCCGCCCCUGCUGAGACGGUACCUUUUCGCGUCGAUGUUUCAUCGCGCGGGACUAAUUUUGAUCUUUUUCGAUCUAAAAGAUAGAAAAAGAGGUCAAAAAAGCACCCUUAUUAAAGGGCCAUUGGCAUAUGUAGAUAAAACAUUGACGCGAAAGAUAUUGUAGCCUUGGGGGUGGAGUUAGCUACUUGACAUUCAAAAUCUGAACAGACUAUAGAAAAAAUUAAAAAUUGAAGAAAACACGAAAACCAGGAAAAUUGCGAUGCCUUUACUGCAAAACGCCCUUUUGGCGGGAACUCAAACUUUUUUCUAUCUGAAUAACUUUUUCUCCAAAUAUAGGAACUUCUGUAAACUUUCGAGUAUACCUUUCGACAGGCAAUUAAAAACUCUAUAAGAUGCUUUUUUCACUUGAAAACCCGGUUUUUCACUGCCCCUAUGGCUUUAAGCAUUCCCUGAAGAAACAUUCUCAUGAAAAUCUCGAAGAAACAUCAAAAAAUUAUGUAUCCGUUUGACUGGAAAAAUGAAGUUGAUACGUUUUUCAAGUACGAAGUUUAGUGGUAAAGGUAGAGAAGAGAAGUUCCAUUUAUUUUCCACACUUUUUCAUCAAAAGAUUGUCAAAAUUUCAGGUGGCGCAGCACCUGGCCAACACCUACGGCGACCGAGCUUUCGUCGUGGCUCGUAUGUGCAAAAUGACAGGAAAGAGGUGGCCGAUCGUCGGCAACCGACUUCAUCCGGAAUUCCCAUACCUCGACGCUGAGGUCCGCUACGCCGUCCGCGAAUACGCCAACACGGCGAUCGACGUCAUCGCCCGUCGAAUGCGUCUCGCCUUCCUGAACACCUACGCCGCGCACGAAGUCCUGCCCGACGUGGUGAGGAUCAUGGGCGAGGAGCUCAAAUGGAACGCCGCCGAGCAACGAGCUCAGUUGGACCGCGCCCGGCAGUUCAUCGACAUGGAGAUGGGUCAACUCGCCAAGCAGAACGCUGCCAGCAACGUUCCUCUCAACUUGACCAGGUACUGUGUUUUCUUUUAUACCUUCAAAGACCUGCCAGUGGAGGGCGUAUUUUUAUAGGCGAAAUUGGAAGGAACCUUCACGGGCCUGUUACAGGUGCUAAAGGGUUUCCUUUUUGCAGCCUUUUAAACGUCCUUCCAUCGGUCUUUAUCCACCCUUUUCGGACCCUUUUUAGAACCGCGACUUUUUUUUAAUUGAGAAUAAUCUUUACAAGUGACUGUGUAUGAACCAAAAUAAGCUACAGUAAUAAAAUCGGAAAUCAAUAGCAGAGACUUUCAGAAGCCUUUUGCACUCUCACUCUUUCUUCACCCUUUUUGCGGCUUCUCCCUUUUUUCCCCCUUUUUUGAAUCUUUUUAGCCCACCUAGAAUCAAAGACUUAAUAAAGGCUCUAAAAAGGGACCCUUUUAAUGGCCAUUUUGCAGUCACUCCCUUUUUGCGCCCGUUUUCCGCACUUCCGACUUUGGCAGUGCCUUUAAAGACCUGCCAGUGGAGGCCGUCUUAUUAUAGGCGAAAUUGAAAGGACCCUUAAUGGGCCUUUAGAGAGUUUGUUACUGGCGCAAAAGGUUUCCAAAACGGUUGCCUUUCACUGCCUUUUUCCGUUCAUUCAUCGGCCUUUAUCCACCCUUUUCGGACCCUUUUGAGAACCGCAAUUUUUUUAAAGCUUCAACAGUCCUUUUUAGCCCACCAAGUAUGAAUUGCUCAAUAAAGGGAGAAAAAUGGCAUCCUUUUAGAAGUGCCUAAUAUGGAGUUUUUGCAGAGAUGAAAUGCAAAUAGCAAAGGAUCGGUUCGCUAAACUCGACAAAGACAAGAAGGGCCAUAUCACUGUCAACGAUCUUCGUCGUUACUUCAGAGUAACUUUUCAAUGUUUUCUGAACCCCUAAAUGUUCGGUUCCAGGAGCACAACCAGAAGAUUGACGAACGUGUUCUGCACGAGCUUCUCAACGAGGUCGAUCUGAACAAGAACGGCGAAAUCGAAAUCGCCGAAUUCUUCCAGGUUCUUUUACUUUUGUUGGUUGAAGUUAUGAUGAUAUUCUUCAGCUCUACUCGGGCUUGAAGGGCGGUCAGAUCACGGGAAAUCGGCUCGUCGGCUACCUCGACGAGCUUCACGGAACUCCCAACGUCAACCGCGCCUGCGGAGGUCUUUGAAGACUUUCUUUGUUGCCGAAUAUAUUUAUUCACGAGACCAAAUAUGCCUAGAAUAUUCAGAAUUUUAAUAUCGUUGUGUAUCAAACUCGGUUAUUUUCUUCUCAUUAUUUAGUUUCGCUCGAUCUAGCCAUUCUCAAUAAUUAGUAUUCGAUGAGAUGUGUAUCAUUCAUUCAAGCCAAAAAAGAAUUUCAACACUUUUAGUCAGCUUAUAUUGCACCCAUUUCAUUCAAUUUCUCAACGUUGUUUGUAAUUUCUCAUUUUACAAUCAUUUUUUUGAUGCUCAAAUACUAAUCGCGUUUUUUUCUUCCUUCAAAUAGCCUACCUUUGUAAAAUCGACAUAAUAGCUAUAUUUAAUAUAUUAAUGCAUUGCUGCGUUUUUUUUUCUUCAUGUUUGAUUGCAUUUCAGCCGUUUUACCAAAUAAAUUGUGUUUCAGGCAAAACGGCUCAAAGUUGCCACGAUCACAGAAAAAAAUCGACGUGCGGAAGUUAG